AUGGCACACGUUGACCAGCUGCUGGAGGAGUAUCUGCGUGUUAUUAACGCCAAGGAUGAUGAGAUCCAUGGACUCAUUCGGAGCAUUGAGGAGCAUCGCUGUGAGUUAAAAAAACGAGAAGACACACACAAAGCAGAUAUGCUGAAUGCCCAACAGAAACUACAAAAGGCACAUAAAAGAAUCAGGAGAAUGGAACAAAUGCAUGAAAAGGAUGAAACCGAUAUUAAUAGACUUGUGAAUCAUAAUGAUUCCAUGAAAGGGGAACUUCAAGCGAUGCAAGAAAAAUUAGAUGAGUCAGCGAAGAUUAUGGAAGAAAAUCGACAAGAGCAUGCUCGAGCACUGGAACAAGUGCGUCAAGAACACAUUGUGGAAGUUCAAACUAUUAGAAAUGAGUGCGAUGAAUUAAAGAAAGAACAAAAAAAUGUAUGGCACGAGCGUGAAACAGCUCGAAAGAUCAUGGACGCAUGUGAUUCAAGAGAGAAGCAACUACUAGCGAGAGAGGCAGCUGAUAUAGAACUGAGAAAGUCUUUAGAGGACAUGCGACUUCAGAUGCAGUCCAUGAUUUCAAAACAGCUUCACAUUGAUGCUAUUGCUGAGCGUGAAGAGUCUAUACGGGCUCUAAAGCAAAACGCUACAAUGGAGGCAAAUAGUCUAAAAGCAGAUUUGUCAAAAAUAAAAAAGGCUGCUAAUAAAUACCGAACUCAACUUGAUGAACUCAGAUCAUUGUAUGAACAGUUGCAAAGGAAAUACACAGAAGCUUCACAUGAAGGGGAAGAAGCACGUCAAAGGUUUGACGCUGAGCGAGAAGCGAGUAGGAAACUUUUGGCUUCCAAGGAGAAGGAAGUUGAAGUUGCUCGUGAUUUAACUGAGAAAGCCACAGGGAAGCUUGACGCAGCUAUGGAACAAAUUCGACAAACUCAAGCGAAAGUACAGGCUGUAGAAUACCAAUUGGCAGAUAAGACAGAGAUUCUCGAACAGGAGCGUAGACGUAGUAAACAAGAGUCUGAGAAGUUGUCUUUACAGUUAAAUAACAUGCACUCUAAUAUGACAGAACAGCAACGUGAAGUGGAGCGACUACAGAGGCGACUUGAAGUAACUACAGCAGAAUUGAAGGAAUAUCAAGUCUCUCUCUCUAGUGUUAAGGAGGCGUCGAUACGAGAGAGUGCAGAAUUAAGAGAGAAAUUAGCGCUUAUCACAGCGGAGCGGGAUAGAGUCAAGGAAGAUCGUGAUCGUAUCGUAUUUGAACUAAAGGACGCUCAACAUCAAAUAAGCAUGCUACAGGAAAGAUCAGCAGAAGAUAAGAAAACACUUUCUGCCAAAAUUGAUGCUGCUAACGUCACUCUUGAGAGAAUGAAAGACCAAAUAAAGGAUAAAGAACAUCAUCAAGAAACUAUAUUAGCUGUCCAGGAGAAACGUUUGCAAGAGGUGGCGUGGGCUCACAAGAAUGAGAUGGCUGAAUGUAAAAGAGGAUUAGAAAAUGAAGUCAAUGACCUCCGUCAGAGACUGGAGUCUACCACUUCACGACUCACAGAGGAGGUUUCUAAUAAUAAAUUGCAACAACGUGAAUUGCAGGCUGCUGAAGAAGCUCUUCGGAGUUGCCGUGAAGAAUGUGAAAGGCGCGUAGCUGAAGCCCGUGAGAAUCUGAGAUUGUUAGAAGAUACAAGACGUGAGGCAUUGGCACUUCGUGAAACAGUGACCAAACAACAGCAAUUACUUGAUGCCAAUUCAGAAGUGGAGGUACGAUUACGAAAGUCAGUGAGUCAAUUAGAAAAUGAACGGACAGAAGACGUCAAACGAUAUGAAUCAGUCGUUCGGGCCCUAACAGAGGUCAAAGAAGAACUUUCAUCCAAACAAAAUGAGACACUUGAAUUGAAACAUGAACUUAAAAAAACAAAUGAUGAAAAUUCUAAAAUAGAUUUGACAAAUCUCAAAGCAAAGCUACGUGAAUCUAAAGAGAACGUACAUCAGUUACAACAAGAAGUUAUAGAGAUGCGACGAGAGCGAGAUCGUCAGUUAUCGUCUUUUGAAAAAUUACAGGAACAGAAGGAAAUAACCGAGAAGGAACUUCGAGAAUGUAAUGAGAAACUUCAACGUGUUAGUGCAGAACUACAAUUAAAAGCAGUAGAAUGUACUCAGGUUGCCAAGCAUGCGAAAGAAGUGGAGAAUUUGGCCAAACGAAGUUGUGAAGAACUGGAACGUGAACUUCUUCGUCGUGAUAGUGUCAUUGAAUCUUUACAACAUGAACUUCCACGUCUUGGGGAUGAACGUGCAAAAGUGGCAGUACUUGAGGAACGUCUCACCCACAAGGCAGAUUUAAAUCGUCUAGAAUCUGAUGCUUUACGUGAUCGCAUCUCUUUACUUGAGAAGGAACUUGAAACACGGGAGGAACAACUAAAGAAGCAACUGAGUGAGAUGGAAGUAAUGUCAGAACGACAUCGUGAGUUACAGGAGCGUGUAGACAAUAUGGAGGAAUUACUAAAUGAAAAAGAAAAAAAACAUGCAAUGCGAAAGGAAGCACUGCGUAAAGCGCUAGAGCAGGUUGAUGCCGUUGUAGAAAGAAAGAAAGAGGCAGAAAACAACUUAAAAAAGACGAAGAUGUCAUGUGAACAAGGUGUUGAAGUGUAUAAAUCCAGAGUAAAAGAACUACAGGAAGAAUUACAGAAUACGCGUAAGUCUCAAGAAACUGCAGAAGCACAUCUUUCAUUACGUGAACAGGAGUUGGUAGAAACAAAAAGACUUGCUGAACGCAGUCAGGGUAUGUUGGAGGAACAGCUAGAUCGAGUUAAGCAGCAGCAGACUGCACAGCUUACCAAAAAUACAGAAGAAUUACAUGAAGCAAUGAACCGAUUGAAUGUGUUAAACCGCGAAUUGGAAGAUGCAAGAGAAGCGCUUCGUGUAUCAGAGGAGAGAAAAGAAGAAGCACUGCAGUACGCUGGAAACACUCAGCGCAGAGUUUCCAAUUUGUAUUGUCGUUUAGUUACAAACUUUGCAGAAGAUGUAAUGUUGACAAAAGAAAUGUUUGGCGACUUUGCUAUUGCCAUUACUUCGCGUGCAUUCCAUCAAUUAGGCCGAGUCACUCACAAUGGUUGGGAAAUUGCCGCGUCUUUUAAACAAAACUGUACGGAACAAUUGCAGCAACAACAGAUAAAGGUCUAUCGUGAAAUGGAUGAAAUGAAACGUCGUCACAAGGAGGAAAUGCAGGCUGUUGUGGAUGAUCGCAAUAAAGAACUCUCCAAGAUUGCCUUGCAGCACGGGGCGGACAUUGCACAACUCCGACAGGAGAUUGCGGACGUGACGGCACGUGCCUCCCGCGAGACGGACGCCGCACUGCGCGACUACCGCCGCAAGGAGGAACAGUUCCAUCGCGACAAGACGGAGUUGGAGUGCGCCAAGUUGGAGAUUGCCCACCACGAGGAUCAAAUCUCAGCACUGAAGGAACAACUGCGCGGCUUCGAGCUGCGGUCCGGCGAGGCGCGCACCCACACCGAGGCGGAACUGCGCACGGCACUGCGGGCCAAAGAAACACUGCAGCUGCAAUUGGAGGAAACACGCCGGCAGAUGCAAACACUGCAGCAGCAACUCGCCGCAGCGAGACAGGGGGCACAGCAGACGGGUCACACCGCCGCAGCGCAGCAGAGUCGAUUGGAGGAGCGCGUCGCAGAACUCACAAGAUCAGCGAACGGGCUUGAGGUAGAGAAGCGGCGGUUAGAGCGACAGACACGCAACGAUGAGAAGAAGAUUGCCAUGUUGGAGAAGGAGCUCGCAGAAGUGCGCAAACGAGAGGCUGAAUUAUCAAGUCAACUGCAGGCACGCAAGGCAGAGAACUCAGCACUUAAAGAGCGGUGCGCAAAUCUUGAGUCUCUAAAAAACAUUAGUGAGGUAACCCUUGCAGAAACACGAUUGCGUGAAAAAGAUCUCCUCGAGAAAAUGGAGGAGAUGCGUAGCGCACAACAACUUAUGCAGCUUUGCUUUGAUAAACAACAGGAACAGCUAGAAGUGGGCCGUCGCAUGCAUGAGCAAGAUGUAAAUCGUAGUGGUUUCUUCUACAAGGAUGGUCGCUGA